AUAUAUUUAAACAAAAUUAAUUUUAAACUUUUUAUUUUACCUUAUGAGAUAAUUUAUAGUUAUACAAAUAUUUAUUACUACCACCAAAAGUUAUGGUGGGAUAGAUAAGAUUCCUUCACCCUAGAGGUUUCGAGUUUGAGUUCUGAAUAUGGAAAAAAGCUGACACGGGGCGUUUGUCACUUUAAUAAGCGCUACACAGUGCGAAUCAAGAUUAGUCGAGCCCAAAAUAGGUAUCAAACACCAAACGAUAGGUCUCGAGUUCGAGUCCUGGGUAUAGCGUCGCCUUGAUUAGAGAGUACUUUAUUACUCAAUGUGGGCCUUCUCGGCGCAAAUCUAAAUUUAGUCGGACCUCAAUACAAUUACCCAAUACUGGGUGAAAAAAAAUAAAAAAUAUAUUUAUAAUAGUAUAAAAGCACAAAUUUUAGAAAGCGGAAGAGUGUAACUUAGAAAUAGGACAAAAGAUUAAUCAUUACUACAAAAUAACACAUAUAAGUCUAAUUUAAUUCUUUCUUCAUAGGCUUUGCCAUAUCCACUGCUUUCUCUUUCUCUUUCUCUUUGUUUAUCUCUCUCCUCCCUCGCCGCCACAUAUUCUCCUACACACAUUUCGCUUCAAUGUCCACUAAUUUCCUCGGAUCACCACCACCCCUUUUCAAGAAUGUAAUCUCUCCUUGUAAUAAACUCUCCACUUUCACAAUAAGAGCUUGUUUACAUUCUUGUGAGCCCAAAAUUGAUGAUCAUAUCUACAACAACUACACUAAAUACUGCACUCCCAAUUUCCCAAAUCAUGUUUCUCAGACACCCAUUUCAGAAAAACAGCCAAAAACCAACAAGAACCAUACAAUUUUGGACAAUUUUGCAAAAGAUGAUGAUUUGUGGCUAAAAAUGCAAAAAGAGGCAAGGUUAGAUAUUGAGCAAGAACCCCUUUUGUCAAAUUACUAUAAAAAUUCAAUCUUGGCUCAUGAUUCUAUAGAAAGUGCUUUAGCUAACCAUCUUUCAAUGAAAUUGAGCAAUUUGAGUAUUUCUAGUGAAACUCUAUAUGAUCUUUUCAUGGGGGUGCUCACAGAGGAUCAAGAAUUGAUUUUUGAUGUUAAUGCUGAUUUGAUAGCUGUUAAAGAAAGAGAUCCAGCUUGUAUUAGUUAUAUACAUUGUUUCUUGAAUUUUAAAGGGUUUUUAGCAUGUCAAGCACAUAGAAUAGCACAUAAGUUAUGGUCUAAAGGGAGAAAGAUUUUAGCUUUAGUAAUACAAAAUAGAGUAUGUGAAGUUUUUGCUGUGGAUAUUCAUCCUGGAGCAAGAAUUGGUAGAGGAAUAUUAUUAGAUCAUGCAACUGGAGUUGUAAUUGGUGAGACAGCAAUUAUAGGAAAUAAUGUGUCAAUUUUACAUAAUGUAACAUUAGGUGGAACCGGAAAAAUGUGUGGUGAUAGACAUCCAAAAAUUGGUGAUGGUGUAUUAAUAGGUGCAGGGACUUGUGUUCUUGGAAAUGUUAGAAUUGAAAAUGGUGCUAAAAUUGGAGCUGGUUCUGUUGUGUUAAUGGAAGUUCCUGCUAGAACAACUGCUGUUGGAAAUCCAGCUAGAUUGAUUGGUGGGAAAGCAAAUCCAAUUAAGCUUGAUAAAAUUCCUAGUUUGACUAUGGAUCAUACUUCAUAUUUAUCUGAGUGGUCUGAUUAUGUAAUUUAGACCUAGGUUUGCUAUGUACUGUGUACUUAGAGAUCAAAUAUAAUAUGUUUCUUUUUAUU